CACUACCACUCACCAGUUUUCAAGUUAUAACCACUCUUUAAAUCUAUCUAUCCGAGGAUUAAUUCGAGAUGGCAGCUUAUGCAGCUUUGGCUUCUCUCUUGAACACCAUUCAGCAGAUGAUGACCCAUCCUACCCUUUCCACUUCUUUCCACAACAAUCAGAUCCGAUCUCUUCAGGAGAAGGCUGCUUUGCUGCUCGAUUUCAUAGAGACCUAUAAUUAUGGUGGUGGAGUUAGCCAAGAAGCACAAGAUCUCGAAAGCCUAAUCACAUCUGCUGCUCAUACAGCCCAAGAUAUGAUUGAAUCUCACAUCGUCAAUCAACUCCUUCCUCUUUCAGCUGAUAACAGGGAAUUAACUUUCAGUUUCUCACUCUAUCUACAGAAUAAAAAGGCAAUUGAAAAUAAAAUUACACCUGUAGCUGGAGAUGGAUGCAGGAUCAAUUUCAUGCAGCUCAUUAAAAAUCAAUUGGAGAGAAAAAAGGAGCAAUUGAAGAGAAAAAUGCACCAAGCAGACCUCAGGUGCUUGGAGUAUCUGCGGCAGAUAAUAGAAGACAUGGGUGCUAUCAUCGACAAGUCCAAUCAAUUGAAGGAGAAGCAGAGAUUCAGAGAGGAGCAUUCAACACCUCCUCUUACUCUUAGUCUUACUCAGACCAGAGAAGAAACUGCUAUGGUGGGAUUUGGUGAUGAGUUGAUUCAACUUCUUGACGAGCUCACCGGUCAUCGAUCCAAUCUGCAUAUCAUCUCAAUCGUCGGUAUGGGCGGCAUGGGUAAGACUACUCUUGCCAAACAUAUUUAUGCUAAUCAACUCAUCAUUGAACACUUUCAUAUUCGUGCUUGGGCUACCAUUUCUCAACAAUACGAUGCUAAACAAAUUCUUCAACAACUAGUUUCUAGCCUAGGAAAAUCCUCCAAUAAAAAUGUAGAUGAAUUAGGAGAACAAUUACAUAAAACUUUAUCUGGUAGGAGAUAUUUGAUCAUUUUAGACGACAUAUGGAGUGUCGAAGCUUGGAAUGAAGUGAGGUGUUUCUUUCCCGAUAAUGGAAGUGGAAGUCGGAUUGUUCUAACUACUAGGUUGUCAGAUGUAGCUAACAAUUGUGGCUCUUCUUGCUUUUUGAAGAAUCUUCUAGAUGAGAAUGAAAGUUGGGAGUUAUUCUGUAAGAAGGCAUUCCAAAAUGAAAAUUGCCCCAGUGAACUUGAGGAAAUUGGAAGGAAGAUUGUUAAAUUAUGCAAUGGACUAGCAUUGUCCAUUGUUGUGAUCGGGGGGAGACUUUUAAAGUCUUCUAGGACCGUAGAAUAUUGGAAGAGUGUUGCUAAAGAUAUAGAAUUAAGUCCCAAUUCAAAAGAGAAGCAAGAAAGCUUAGAUGUAUUAUUUUCAAGUUAUAACCACUUGCCUCCUCAUCUAAAGCCUUGCUUUCUUUAUAUUGGAGUUCUUAAACUUACUCCUUAUCAUAACCUCCAUAUCUCGAGAAUCAUCCAACUUUGGGUUGGUGAGGGAUUUUUGAAAUCAAAUGGAGGCCGAGUUUUGGAAGAGACUGCAGAGGAUUACUUGAAGGAACUUAUUGACAGAAAUCUGAUAUUAGUUGAGAAGCGAAGUAAAAAUGGGAAGAUGAAAUGUUUUGGUAUUCAUGAUCUUUUAAGAGACCUAUGCUUAAAAGUAGCAGAGCAACAAGGGUUUUUUCAUGUGAUCUCUCAAGGCCCUGCACUAGGCACAGAACACAUAUAUCACAUUAAUGCUCGCUGGUGGGAGUGGCAAACUUCCAAUUCUUUCGGGGUGAGACAAACCACCAGACUUCCACUAGCACGCACUAUAUUGGAAUGUGAUUUUCCUCGUGAGACUUAUAGAAAACCAUUAGGGUGUGUUAACUUGCGGUACCUUGCUCUGUGCUACCCUGGUGACCGGGAUGUGGUGAAGUUACCUAGUGUACUAUCCUUGGUAUGGAAUCUUCAUGCUUUAAUCUUUCGGAAACCUUCACGGAACGUUUUGCAAUUUAUUGCACCAAUUGAAAUUUGGAAGAUGCGACAACUUAGGCAUAUCGAGUGUGGUGGAAUUUACCUUCCUCAUCCCGAUGGACAAGAUGAGUUGUUAAUCUUGGAAAAUCUUCAGACGCUUGGGAAUGCAGUGAAUUUGAGGUUGAGUGAGGAUGUGUGCAACAUCAUUCCCAACAUCAAGAAAUUGAAUCUUGAAUAUCGUAAGUUUGUAGGAUGGGAUGAUAGUUUGAUGGAGUGUUUGUGUAAUCUUGAUCGCUUGCAUAAACUUGAAUCACUCAAACUGAGAUGCGAUAGUGGAUUGUACUGGGAUUAUAAGAUGAAUGAGAUACUCACAUUUCCGAGUUCGCUAAACAAGUUGUCCUUGAGUGGUUUAAAAUUUGAAUGGGAAGAUCUGACAGUGGUUGGUUCAUUGCCCCUCCUAGAAGUUCUCCAGGUACAAUUUAAUAACGGGUGGAGAAGCACAUGGAGUCCUGUUGAUGGGCAAUUUCUACGACUCAAGUUCUUAAAAAUUGAUGACUGUGAUCUGGUAUGUUGGAAUGCAGAUAGUUGUCAUUUCCCAAAUCUGGAAAAGCUUAUUCUUCAUGCUAUGCGGUACUUGGAAGAGAUCCCAUGGGGUAUUGCUUUGAAAAUAAAAGAUGAGCAGCUCCAGUGUCAGGAAAAUGAUGACCUUCAAAUCCAAAUUCGUGUCGACAAAGAUAAACUGGAGAGCUUCAUGGCAAUGGUGGAAACAGAGGGCUUAAGUUUGACACUCAAUAAUGUUCAAUUUAGUCGAUUUGGUUGAUCUUCUUCCUUUUGUGUGGUACACAUCUUGUGAUGUGAGGAAUAAAUCUUAAUCCUGUCAUGAUUUGUUUGUGUGCUGCCAUCCAAAACUACAAAUUAUUGUUCCAUAUAAUUUUAUCAGACUAACUAAAUGGUUUGAUUCAU